UUGCCUUAGUUUAAUUAACGCUUCCUAUCAGGUUGUUAUUCAUAUUGCUGCCAUAUUUUAUCUUCAAUGUAUCUAUCCGAAAUAAGUAUAUGCGCGAAUAGUCAUUCAAUCAGAUUCAGAAGUUUCCAGUGUAUUUAGUGUUUCUCCAAGUUUUCUACAUCUCUGAUGACAUUUUGCUUUCUAGAUUAUACAAGAUCAGUUUCCCCAUCAAUCUUUCCAAAUAAAUCUGGAAUUCUACUUGCUGUCCUAAAUCCUAAUCCUCGUUGAUAGUUGGAAGAAAUCAGUGACAGAAUACAUUUCCUUAAUUAAAUUAUUGAUUUUUGUAGUAAACUACUCUGCUAUCAAUAUCAUAACCUGAAAAGAUCUGGAUCGCUAUACUAAGACUGCUGUUCUACGAUGUUUGGUGAAACUUGGAAAAAUCACCCCAAGAAAACCUGAAAGAAAAACUCACGCUGGUUCGCAAAUUGGAAAAAGUUUCAAAGUGCUGUCAAGGUCGUUUGAUUGUACGAUUUCCGUAUUGUGGCAAACCUACUCCCCCCACUACUAUAGAACAAUCACUCAAUUGUGGCAACAGGGUUGUUGUUACCGGCUUAUAUCCUCACAUUCACUGUGUGUGUUAGCACGCAGCCAGCAGAAAGGAAAAUGGCGGCAGCCAUGGGAAUAAUUUUUCAUGAAGUUCAUCUGAGAAUAGAUAUUUGUUGUGGCCAUUGUCAUGGAUACGUAGACCAUGAACCACGCGAUAUGGAGGUGAGGUGCAAGUCGAUAUUUAGUGUUGGCAGUCGCCUUCCUAGUGCUCGUCAAUUCGGUUCUAGUUAACCCCUUCCCCCCUGAGUAAGACCCCCCUUUCACCACGUUAUACGUUAGCUCCAUCCAUCAGUGUACACUGGGCGAGGCAUUGUGUAUGUGUUGGCUGUUUGUUGCAAUUGUUGACAGCAAAAAUUGCGCAAAUCUCGCCGAUAAUGCUGGUGACACGGGUCGACGAUCCCGGGGGACAGUGGAAAGUGGUGGAUACCGUUACAGGCAUUUCGAGCCUGGUGAGCUGUGCGACUCUGGAGGAGCUGCCUGAGCUGCCAGCCCACGAUGAGGAGCGACUGCAGCGAGCCGCUCGACUGCUGCAGCAGCGACUCAUUCUCAGGCAGUGGCUGCACACGCUCGGACUGCAGCAUCAUCAUCACAGGCUGUUGCAAGAGGACGUGACGUCACUGGAGGACGUGUACUGGCUAGAGGACUCGCGCGCGCGCUACCUGCUGGGCAAGGACUUUGCGGCGUGGAGCACGGCCAGGCAGGCGCUGCCCGUCAACAAGGAGCACCUCGGCCAACUCAAGGCGGAGCUGUGGAGUGCUGUCGUCAAGAACAGUCAGCAUCAGGACGCAUGGACGCUUGGUGGUAUGCUGGUGGUGUCGGUGUCGGUGGCGGGUCUGGUGACACUGGCGGCCAUGACGCAGCCGUCGCUGGCGCCCGAGGCGAAGCACAGCCUGCUGCAGUAUGUGACCGGCAAGUAUCUGCAGCCCACCAACUGCACUGUCCACUUCGACUGGUCCGACCCCCACCCGGUCGGCCAAACCAUGACGUUCACUGUCCGCUUCUACCAACGCAACGGCCAGCCGUACCCGAUCUGCGACACAGACUCGCUGAGCGUGGAGAUCAGUGAGGGCCUGCGACGGGUUGCCACCCUGGUGGAGCUGGGAGGCCGGGAGCCAACUGCCUACAACCGGGCCAUCUGCAAGUUCACGGUGCGUCACGCCGGCCAUUACCGCAUCGCUGUCCUUGUCGGCAACGUCAACGUGCACGGCAGUCCUUUCACCAAGACAUUCUUGCCUGGUCCUCCGGAUCCGUUGAAAACAGCGUUCGUGCGUCAUAGCUCGACCGUGGUGUGCACGGCUGAGAUUCCUCACUGCCUUGCCAUCGAGCCCAGAGAUGAGUUUAACAACCUUUGUCAUUUCGUUGCUGGCGAUGAUCCUAUCAAUGGUUACACCUGCUCAAUAUCUCACCUUGGUGGCGGUGAGUACAGUGCCGAGUGGGGCAUAACCAGCAACUUUGACUACGACGAAGCGGGCCUUCGCGUGCGUCUGACUGUGGCCUUCCCCAAAGAGGGCUGCUACCGCCUCAAGGUCGCCUACAACGGAGUCACCCUCCACAACGGCGAUUUCGACUGUAUUGUUCUUACUAGUAGCGACGCGGCAAUGGUGCAUAAGAAUGUUCGUAACCAUAAUAUUUGCUACGAGGCACGUCUGCUGAGUUACCAGGGAGAGAAACUGGCCAAGGCUAGGAAAGUCCUUGUCUACGUCUCUCCCAAACAACUGACUAUCAAAGAGUUCCUUCUCAAGUUCAUACCAAAACGUCUAGUCACUUUUCGCCUUUGCCCUUCCACAAAGGUAUGCUUGCAAGAUAAAUGGUAUUAUCAAAACAGGAAAACGUCUCGUUCACCUUGGAAUUUAUUGAAAUUCCAUUUCCUUGGCGAAAACAACCAAAGCUCGAUGCCUGCGUUCGUGAUUGACGAUGGCUGCCAACCCAAAGUGGAGUUGAUGGCCAAGGAUAGGAAUGUUAUCGCAGCAACAUUCACUCAUUUCCUACUAAAGAAUAUCGGUGGCUCUGAAACGUUCAAAGACAAGCAGGAAUUUUUCUACCACGAAGUAAGAAGAUUCCACCAUAAACAUUAUCAUGAAAAAUUGGCGAUGAAAGUCAACAGAGAUAAACUUCUAGAAUCGUCAUUGAAAGCAACGAAAGGAUUCUCAGUGAGCGAUUGGUGCCGCAACUUCGAGAUAACGUUCCAGGGCGAGCAGGGCGUUGACUGGGGAGGGCUGCGCAGGGAGUGGUUUCAGCUGGUCUGCGCCGCUCUCUUCGAUCCCAAAAAUCACCUAUUCAAGGGAUUCUCCGAUACUCAACAAGCGCUAGUGCAUCCGAACGCAAAACGGCCGGCGCAUCUGAAGCUGAAGCACUACGAGUUUGCCGGCCGCCUGGUGGGAAAGUGCCUCUACGAGUCGGCGCUCGGUGGAGGGUACCGGCAGCUGGUGCGGGCUCGCUUCACUCGCUCAUUCCUCGCUCAGCUCAUCGGCCUAAGGGUGCACUAUAAGUAUUUUGAACAAGAUGAUCCUGAUCUUUACCUAUCCAAGAUAAAGUACAUCUUGGAGCACGAUGUGGAGGAUAUGGAUUUGUAUUUUGUCGAGGAAGAUUAUGACCAAACCGGCCAGUUAGUAAAGGUAAUCAAGGUUGUUGAGCUGAUACCGAACGGAGCAAAAACGAAAGUAGGAAACAACAGCAAGCUGCAGUACUUGGACGCCCUGGCUCAGUACCGGCUGGCGACCAGUCUCAAAGAUGAAGUCGAAUGCUUCUUGAAAGGUCUCAACGAUCUCAUCCCUGACAACUUACUCAGUAUAUUCGAUGAGAACGAACUUGAGUUGUUGCUGUGUGGCACUGGUGAGUACAACGUGGCCGACUUCCGCGCCCACCACGUGGUGAACGGCUCGUCGCCGGAGUUCCGGCGAAUCUUGGACUGGUUCUGGACGGCGGUGGCCAACUUCACGCUGGAGGAGAUGGCGCGUCUGCUGCAGUUCACGACCGGCUCCUCGCAGCUGCCUCCCGCCGGCUUCCGCGAGCUCAGUCCGCGCUUCCAGCUCACGCCCGCGCCCACUUUCGGCAAUCUGCCCACUGCGCACACUUGUUUCAACCAGCUGUGCCUACCAGACUAUGAGAGCUAUGAGCAUUUUGAAAAAGCACUUCUCCUGGCAAUCAGUGAAGGAACAGAAGGAUUUGGCAUGAUUUGAAUUUGCUGCUCCAACUGCGUUCAAAUUACGAAUUAUUUAAAAAAAAUUAUUUAUGAAACAGUGCAAAUAGAUAAUGUUAGAUUUUGUCAGCAUUGUAUAUUGUGAAUGAGGAAAGUUUUAAUGUAUAAGUGGUAGGAUUGUGCAUAGAAUUAUGUAUAAAUAUGAUUGACAAUAUCAUAUAAUUGCUCUAUGAUAAGCUUUUGAAUUGCAAAUUGAAGAAUUUGGUAUCAUGUAGUAGACCUUGAUAAUGAUUUAGCUUAUAGGAAUUUGGCGUCGUUAAUUUGAAUUUGGCAGUGAAAUGAAAAUAAUGUUGAUUCAUUUUUCACUUCAUAUACUUCUCUGCUCGAUACAAUUCGAUUACUAAUUAAAAUCAACUAGAUAGAAAUGACUGGUUAUUCCACUAUUAUCGAAAUAUUUCAAAUUCUUAAAUGAUCUAUCACUCACCUUUUAUACCGCACUGUAAUUUCAUAAUUACUUUCCGUAGAUAAUCUGAAAUAGUAUAUAAUCUUGUGGAUUUAAGUGAAGGCCGAUAUGGAGAGAAUUGGAGCAACCGAGGAGGACGCGGAGAAUCGAGAGAGAUGGAGGUGUAUUGUUGGUGCGGCUAAAUAUCUACUUAGAUAUGUAUGGCCAUGGCAGUAAGUGAGAUUAUCUAAAACUAUUCUAUAAUAAUUCAUAGAAAGAAGAGCCAAAAACAAUAAGUUUGUGUGAUUAUAAAAGUGAUUAUUCAGAUCAGCUUUACGGUGUACGUUCUGUGUACAGUAAAUUGUUCCAUCACG